UGUUAUGAGACUUGUGCCAUUCCCCCAUCGCUUUCUCUCAUCACAGAACCUGAAACAGGAAAGUGCAACCACCUGCCUCAAAGCUUUGCUCUGCCACCAAGACACAGUAUGGAAGCCAUCGCCAAGUUUGAUUUCACUGCUUCUGGAGAAGACGAGUUGAGUUUCCAAGCUGGGGAUAUGCUGAAGGUUUUGAGCUCCCAGGAAGAGUGGUACAAGGCUGAGCUCAGAAGUCAAGAAGGCUACGUUCCUAAGAACUUCAUUGAUUUUCAUGUUCCCCCCUGGUUUGAUGAGAGGAUAUCCCGCCAUGAAGCAGAGAACCUUCUCAUGAGCAAAGGAGUUGGCUCCUUCAUCGUCCGUGCCAGUCAGAAUUCUCAUGGUGACUUUUCCAUCUCUGUCAGGCAUGAAGAUGAUGUGCAACACUUCAAAGUGAUGAGGGAUUCAAAGGGUAACUAUUACUUGUGGACAGAGAAAUUCCACUCCCUAAACAAGCUUGUGGACUACUACAAGACAAAUUCCAUCUCCAGGCAGAAACAGAUAUUCCUAAGGGACAACAGCCAAGAAGAGAAGGAGAGGCGUGGUGGGAGCCUGGAACGGAUGGGCCGGGAAGGAUUCCACCUAAGUGGAGCAGCUGGAGAAGAUCAUUCUUCUAUAUCCAAGAGAUAUGUCGAGCAUGCUAUCCCCAUACUGCAGCAGCAACAGGAAAGAUAUGGUGGGAGUCUGGACAGGAAAGAUGUGCUGCAUGGACUAAGGGAUCAUGGCCAAGGAAAUGCAGGAGCUAUGCAACGGAGACACACAGACCCACUGCACCAGCAGACACCGCGAACGCUAUGGGUCCGUGCCUUGUACGACUUUGAUGCUGUGGAGCAUGAUGAGCUGGGCUUCCGUAGUGGAGACAUCUUAGAGGUCCUGGACAGCUCCAACCCUUCAUGGUGGAAAGGACGUCUGCGUGGGGAACUGGGUCUCUUCCCUGCCAACUACGUCACACCAGUGCUCCUGUGAGGGCACAGUUUGCCCCACAGGGCCAAGCUGGAGCUGCUCUUCUGAGAUGACAAGGGA